GUUUUCACCCCACCCAGUAGGUCGCGGCAAUAAGCAUGUAGAGUCUGCCGUAAAACCCCACCGAAGAAGAAGUACCUCAGAAUAAAAAUGGCGGAGUCUGGUAAACGUGAAGUUGAUUUUGCGGACAGAAAUGAAACUGAUGCUGCAAAGGCCAAACGUCUAAAGAAUGACCCGAAUAGUGACCAAGAUAAUCACAAUAAUUCAGCAUCUGAAAAUCCUUUGUUCGGAUUUAAAACAACAACGGUUCUGCGGGACUCUGCACGGGAGAAAAAUAUGUUCGUACACGGAAAGUUGAACGACCAGGAUGCGGUCAUCAUUCUGGAGAAGACCCCUAUCAGGGAAGACACCCUGUUGGAGAUUUUCAAUGGCUCCAGACUGAAGUUGGACAUGAGGAAUGAUAUCUACAGCACGUAUCAACUCCAACCCCCUGCUCAUUUGAAUGAGAUCAAGACCACAGUGGUGUGUCCGGCCACAGAGAAGCAUGUGAAGAAAUACCUGCGCCAGGAGACCUACUUGGUGCAGGAGACUGGGGAGGACUACCGCUCUAUCACCCUACCUUACAUUCAGAGUCAGAGCUUCAGUGUACAGUGGGUGUACAACAUCUUGGAGAAGAAAGCGGAGGCAGAGCGCAUCGUUUAUGAAGACCCAGAUCAGGACGUCGGCUUUGUCCUGCUCCCAGACUUCAAGUGGGACCAAAAGCAGUUGGAUGACUUGCAUUUGAUUGCCAUCGUUCAUCGAAGGGACAUCAAAAGUUUGCGAGACCUGACAGCGCUGCAUCUGCCAUUGCUGACUAACAUCCGCAAGUUGGGAGAGGAGAGCAUUCUGAAGAGGUACGGUGUGGCAGCCAGUAAGCUGAAGGUGUACCUCCACUACCAGCCGUCCUACUACCACCUCCACAUCCACUUCAACGCCCUGAGCUACGAGGCCCCGGGCUGCGGGGUGGAGCAUGCCCACCUGCUUUCGGAUAUCAUCCAGAACCUCCAGGCAGACUCCCAGUACUACCACAGUCGCUCCCUCUCCUUUCCCUUGCGGGCUGACGAAGGCUUGCUCAGCAAGUUCAAGGAUGCCGGCAAGCUGUAGUGUCUAGACGCCUAAACAAGAUAACACUACUAUGGUAGGACCUCAGAGGGAUAGUGACUGUGUUGAUACACCAUCCAAAGUGUAAUUAUUAACUUCACUAUGCUCAAAGUGAUAUUUGAUGUGUUUUUUUUUUACCCAUCUACCAAUAGGUUCCCUUCUUUGUGAGGCAUUGGAAAACCUCCCAGGUCUUAUUGGUUGAAUCUGUGUUUGAAAUUCACUGCUGGACUGAGGGACCUUGCCGAUAAUUGUAUGUGUGGGGUACAGAGAUGUAGUCAUUCAAACAUCAUGUUAAACAUUUAUUCCACAGAGUGAGUACAUGAAACUUCUGUGACUUAAGCAAUUUUUUUUACUCCUGAACUUUAGGCUUCCCAUAACAAAGGAGUUGAAUACUUAUUGACUCAAGACAUUUGAGCUUUUCAUUUUUAAUUCAUUUGUAAACAUUUCAAAAAUCAAAAUUCCACAUUGACGUUAUGGGUAAUUGUGUAUAUGCCAGUGAGCCAAAAAAUCGAUUUAAUCCAUUUCAAAUUCAGGCUGUAACACAAUGUUGAAAAAGUCAAGGGGUGUGAAUACUUUCUGAAAGCACUGUAUCUGUUUCUCUGUAGCCUAUAGAUUAUUUUGUUUCCGAGGGUUGAGGUUCAACUGUAGUUGUACUGUAUUGCCUUGGUGGAUUCAGAAUUUGCAGUUGCUCAUUUUUUGUUAAACUUUUUAAAAAUAUAUUUGUUGAACAGAAAUAAAGAAUUGUACGACCAUU